GUUUAUAAUAGUCAGUAUUUGGUUGUAUCACCGAUUUGGGAGUGAUCUUAUCCAAUUUAUUAAUUGGUAUUCAUCCUAUUUUAUAAAUAUAAUUAUUGUUGUUAUUAUCAUGAUUGUUUUGAAUUGUUACGUUACUUUGUAAUCGCUGUUUCUAAACUAGUUAAUUAGAAAGUUAUGAGUGUAUGUUUUUGAAUAUUCCAGAAAUGUCGUCUAAGGAUUAUGAUCUGCAUGGCAGAACAGACUCAUAUCGUGUUGCCACAGUCCCUUCUUUAUUUGAUGAUAAUAAGACAGUAGAUGGGAAACCAAAAACAAGAAGGAAAGCACCGUCGUCCAUUAGUACUAAGUAUAGUCAUGCUGAAAACUUAGAUGAACUCAAAGAAGAUCCAUACUUGGAUUAUCAUAAAAUAUCAUUGGAUGAACUAUAUCAAAGAUUUGGAACACAUCCUGGAACUGGUUUAACUCACGCUAAGGCUCGUGAAAAUUUAGAAAGAGAUGGACCUAAUACUCUUACACCACCAAUUACAACACCAGAAUGGAUCAAAUUCACAAAACAGAUUUUUGGUGGUUUUUCAGUAUUAUUAUGGUGUGGAGCAAUUUUAUGUUUCUUAGCCCAUACUGCAGAAACUAGUACUACAGAAGAUCCAAAUGAUGAUUAUUUUUACUUGGGAGUAGUAUUAGUGGCUGUUGUUAUCAUCACAGGAAUCUUUUCAUAUUAUCAACAAGCUAAAUCUUCUGCAAUUGUGAAUUCAUUUAGGAAUUUAGUUCCUCAGAUUUAUUUAGGUUCAAGUUUAAUAGCUGUUAUUGUAGUCACUGGCUUUUUGUCUUACUGUCGACAGUAUAAUCAAGGUGCAAUUAUUUGGUCAUUCUAUGAAACAACUUCACAGUUUGCUUUAGUUAUACGCCAAGGUGAAUCACUAACACUACGAGCAGAAGAUCUUACUCUUGGUGACAUUGUUGAACUAAAAUUUGGAGAUCGUAUUCCAGCUGACUUAAGAAUUAUUGAAAGUCAUUCAUUCAAAGUGGAUAAUUCUUCACUGACUGGUGAAUCAGAGCCACAAAGUCGUACUUCAGAAUUUACCCAUGAUGAUCCUUUAGAAACUAAAAAUUUGACAUUUUCUUCUACACAUGCAGUUGAAGGUACUGCUAAGGGUGUAGUUAUUGCAGUUGGGGAUAAUACUGUUAUGGGAAGAAUUGCUGGGUUAGCUUCUAGUUUAGAUAGUCGACCAACACCAAUUUCAAGGGAAAUAAUUAAUUUUGUCAAUUUUGUUAAUAUAACAGCCAUAAUAAUUGGACUAUUGUUAUUUAUUAUUGCAUUGAUGAUGGGAUGUUAUUGGUUGGAUGCUAUUAUUUUCAUGAUUGGUUUUCUUGUUGCAGCUGUUCCAGAAGGAUUGUUAGCAACUGUAACUGUUUGCCUAACAUUGACUGCAAAACGAAUGGCAUCUAAAAAUUGUCUUGUAAAGAAUUUAGAAGCAGUUGAAACACUUGGUUCUACUUCAACAAUUUGUUCUGAUAAGACUGGUACUUUAACUCAAAAUCGUAUGACUGUUGCUCAUAUGUGGUUUGAUAAUCAAAUUAUUGAAGCUGAUACUACAGAAGAUCAGUCUGGUGUACAAUAUGAUCGAUCCAGCCCUGGAUUUAGAGCUCUUGCGAGAAUUGCCACACUUUGUAAUAGAGCAGAAUUUAAGACCGGGCAGGAUGGUGUACCUACUUUAAAAAAGGAAGUAAAUGGAGAUGCUUCAGAAGCUGCAUUACUGAAAUGUAUGACACUUGCUCUUGGUGAUGUUAUGUCUAUUAGAAGGCGUAACCGUAAAGUUUGUGAGAUUCCUUUUAAUUCAACAAACAAAUACCAAGUUUCAAUCCAUGAGACAGAAGAUUCUUCAGAUUCUCGAUAUCUGUUAGUUAUGAAAGGUGCUCCUGAACGUGUACUUGAUCGAUGCUCUACCAUAUUUAUUGGGAGUAAAGAAAAAGUUCUUGAUGAAGAAAUGCGUGAAGCAUUUAACAAUGCAUACCUAGAAUUAGGAGGUCUUGGUGAACGUGUGCUUGGUUUUUGUGACAUGUUGUUACCAUCAGAUCGUUUUCCUAAAAAUUUUAUGUUUGAUGUUGAUGAACCAAAUUUUCCAUUAAGUGGCAUGCGAUUUGUUGGUUUAAUGUCUAUGAUUGAUCCUCCAAGAGCAGCAGUUCCAGAUGCUGUAGCUAAAUGCCGUUCGGCUGGUAUAAAAGUUAUUAUGGUUACUGGAGAUCACCCUAUUACUGCCAAAGCAAUUGCAAAAUCUGUUGGAAUUAUAUCUGAAGGAAAUGAAACUGUAGAGGAUAUUGCUCAAAGAUUAGAUAUUCCUGUAUCGGAAGUUAAUCCCAGAGAUGCUAAUGCAGCUGUUGUACAUGGUUCUGAACUAUUAGAUUUGCCCCCUGAGGUUUUGGAUGAAAUUUUAAGAUACCAUAAAGAAAUAGUGUUUGCAAGAACUUCACCUCAGCAAAAAUUAACAAUUGUAGAAGGUUGUCAAAGAAUUGGAGGAAUUGUUGCAGUUACUGGAGAUGGUGUUAAUGAUUCACCUGCGCUUAAAAAAGCAGAUAUUGGUGUGGCAAUGGGAAUUUCUGGAUCAGAUGUUUCUAAGCAAGCAGCUGACAUGAUUCUUUUAGACGACAAUUUUGCUAGUAUUGUUACUGGAAUAGAAGAAGGACGUCUAGUAUUUGAUAAUUUAAAAAAGUCUAUUACAUAUACUCUUACAUCUAAUGUUCCACAAUUACUACCUUUCAUUGCUUUUAUCAUGUUAAGCAUACCAUUGCCGAUUGGUGCUAUUGCUAUAUUGUGCAUUGAUCUUGGUACAGACAUGGUCCCAGCCAUUUCAUUGGGUUAUGAACAUCCAGAAUCAGAUAUAAUGAAACGUCCUCCUAGAAAUCUAAUUAGAGAUAGACUUGUAAAUAACAGAUUAAUAUCUUUAGCAUUUUGUCAAUUGGGUAUCAUUGAAGCAUUUGCUGGUUUUUUUACCUAUUUUGUUAUUAUGGCUGAAAAUGGAUUUAUGCCAUACAAAUUAAUUGGAAUACGUCGUGAAUGGGACUCUAGGGCAGUAAAUGAUUUACCAGAUUCAUAUAAUCAGGAAUGGACAUACCAAGAUCGCAAAUCCUUAGAGUAUACAUGUCAUACAGGAUUUUUUAUAGCAAUAGUUGUAGUACAAUGGACAAAUCUUAUAAUAUGUAAAACAAGAAGAAACUCAAUUGCACAUCAAGGAAUGAGAAAUAUGGCUUUAAACUUCAGUUUGAUAUUUGAAACCAUCUUAGCAUUGUUUUUAUGUUAUUUACCUGGAAUGGAUGAAGCACUACGCAUGUAUCCAUUAAAGUGGACUUGGUGGAUUCCUCCAAUACCAUUUGCAUUAGCCUUAUUUAUCUAUGAUGAAGUAAGAAAAUUUUAUAUAAGACGAAACCCUGGUGGUUGGUUAGAAAAAGAGACAUAUUAUUAAGUAGUUUUAGAUGAUUAAAUUAAAGUUGAUUUUAUUAAAAUAUCACUAAUUAAAAAUUAUUCUAUAAUAAGUAAGCAUUGUCAUGAAUAUUUUGAAA